CUCGGGGACGCGCGGGUGAAAAUGUUGCGCAGGAAGAAAGCUGUGAGGCUGUAUGGAGCUGUCUGCAAUAGGAGAGCAAGUGUUCGCCGUGGAGAAUAUCAGCAAGAAGCGCAUCAGAAAGGGUAGAGUGGAAUACCUUGUGAAGUGGAAAGGAUGGCCCCCAAAAUACAGCACGUGGGAACCUGAGGAUCACAUCCUGGAUCCACGACUCGUCAUGGCUUAUGAGGAAAAGGAGCAGCGAGACCGUGCACUGGGAUACAGGAAGCGAGGCCCCAAACCAAAGCGAUACCUACUGCAGCGGAUUUAUGGGAUGGACCUGCGGAGUGCGGACAAGCUGAAGGAGAAGGGAAAAUUGCGGCUGUCUUUGUCCAGACGGUUUGAUGGGACCUCAGUCACCAGCCUGGCCCAGCGGGAAAGUGGGGAGAAUGGGAAACGGAUCCAGUUCUCCCUCAGUCGAAAGCACAAGUUCUUCAAGCUGGCCAAGCCCACCCCUACCCGAGCUACCAGCAUUGCCGAGAGUCACGGGGCCAGUGAGUGUUCGGAGGAGGACACUGGACGGGAUCUGGGUGGGAAGUUCCCAGAUUCUGAGUUUGAGGAUGAAGAAUUGCAAAGCGAGAGCUUCCCAGAGGCAACGGAAGGCUCCGCCUCUCCCGUGAGGACAACCGGCUCGAUUCCCGUUGGCUGGCAUCCUUCCGUUCCCCUUGGCGACGUCACGGUGACUGAUGUGACGGCAAACUCCGUGACGGUCACUUUCCGGGAAGCGCUGGCGGCCGAGGGUUUUUUCAGGGACCGCAGUUUGAGUUGCUAAUCUCAGAAACGACCGCUGAAGAUCUUCGUCCGUCCAGUGAAACAUUUUGUUCGUUUCCCUAAAAGAGAAACAAGGUUCCAUAUUUAUAAAACCAGUGAUUGUGUGUGUCGCCAUAGGAACGGUUAGCUUCUCCAGGAUUUUCCCGUUAGGAUAGCGUAAACUCAGCGCUAAGUGUUUCCUGUCACGGGAGAGGUCCCGCCUUCCCUCGAACCUCAUUGGAUGGCUGUGUUCCCACGGUUGCCAGGCAGUGGCCAAUGGCUGAGCCUCCAAGGAAGGGGAAAAGAUGGCAGCUGCUUUUGGGGCUGACCCACAAAACGAGGCUCGUUUUCUAUUUGCACAAAGUGAUGUUGCAGAUUUAGCCAGUCACCCGCGACUAGGGACUCCGCGUGUGACAGAUUCUGUACCUUUCACCUGAGCUGACGGCCGGCCCUGUACCGUUCCCGAGCGCGGAGCUUGGCUUUGUGUUUAAUGUUCUGACCAGCUCCGUGAUUUUUUUCUAGAAAGCUUGUUUUGCCUUUGCGGGGGGUGGGGUGGGGAGUGACGGCAGUUUCGCACUUGUUUUUCUGAACUCCGCUAUCCACACCCUCCUCUCCACCAACAACCGCCCCCCCCCCCCCAUUACUGAGCUGAUUCUUCCUGUUCGCUGCCACCCAUACACUCUGCUGGGGUGGAGGGGGAGGGUCUGUAGGUCUCAGUCCCAUCGCCAGCUGUUUUAAUGGCUUCAUGACGGAGAGAGUCGGCUCGGUUCGGAAGGUACGGACUCUGUUGAGUUGGGGGGUCGAUGGCUGCUAAUGGUUUUCUGUCAGUUUUGCAGCAGGGUUUCUGCUUUGAGCAACCUGCAUUCGCCUGUCGGUGAGGGUGAGUGUCAGAAGGGAGA